GGAAGGGACCCGGUCCAGGUUGCGGGCUCGUCGGGACCUCCGGGAGCUGGAGGCGGAGAAGGCAAAAGCGGGGGAAGGGCGGACCGGGCGACAUGAAGUGCCUCGUGACGGGGGGAAACGUGCGGGUGCUAGGCAAGGCCGCUCAUUCGUUGUCUCGCAUCGGAGACGAGCUGUACUUAGAGCCGCUGGAGGACGGGCUCUCACUUCGGACCGUGAAUGCAUCCCGCUCAGCCUUCGCCUGCUUCCUGUUCGCGCCGCUUUUCUUCCAGCACUACCAGGCAGCCCGGCCGCCCCAGGGGCAGCCGCCGCGCUGCAAAGUCCUCAUGAAGUCGUUCCUGUCUGUAUUCCGCUCUCUGGCAGCGCUAGAGAAGACAGUGGAGCGCUGCUGCAUCUCGCUGAGCCCGGAGAAGAGCCGCUUGGUCAUCCAGCUCCACUGCAAGCACGGCGUGACCAAGACCCACAACCUGUCCUUCCAGGAGUGUGAAUCCCUUCAGGCUGUCUUCGACCCAGCCGUGUGCCCGCACCUGCUCCGUGCCCCUGCCCGGGUGUUGGUGGAAGCAGUGUCGCCCUUCUCACCAGCGCUGUCAGAGGUUACCCUGGGAGUGAGCAGGGGCCGCAGAGUUGUUUUCAGAAGCUACCUGGAGGAGGAUACAGAUGCUGCAAGAGCCAUGAUGACAGAGAUGAGCCUCAGUGAAGAUGAGUUCCAGCAGUUGCAGGCCCAGGAGGGCGCUUCCAUCACUUUCUGCCUCAAGGAGUUCCGGGGUCUCCUGAGCUUUGCAGAGUCAGCUAACCUUCUCCUCAACAUUCACUUUGAUGUUCCUGGCAGGCCAGCCAUCUUCACCAUCGAGGAUUCGCUGCUGGAUGGUCACUUUGUUCUGGCUACUCUGUCUCAGCCUGACCUCUGUUCUCAGGAGCCUUGUCAGCCUGGGCAGGGGACUCACAGCACUACUCACCUGGACGACUUUGCAAAUGAUGAUAUUGACUCUUAUAUGAUCGCCAUGGAAACAACUGUGUGUGAAGGGGCAGAAGUCACCCCUAGGACCCCUUCCCCUGUGUCAGAGGACGAGGCAGAGCCCAAUGUGGUGCCUGGGACCCCUCCUCUAAAAAAGUUCCGUUCCCUAUUCUUUGGCUCAGUGUUGGCCCCAACAGAGUCUCCUUCUGAGCCCAACCCAGUACUGGCAGAAGACAGUGAGGGAGAGGGCUGAAUCGUGCUUCUCGGGAGGAACCUCAAGUUCAAGACUUUCACCUGCCUGGUUGUUUGUGCCAGGAAAGGCCCAAAUGAAGCUGGGGGGUGGGGGUGGGGGGGCAUAAUCUUGGUGCAUCUGUGAAAGAAUGGCUGCCCCUGUCUUAGGGCUGGAGAGGGUAGACAAACAGCCCUUGGGCCUCAGCGCCACAUGGUCAAAUUCUCUAGUGGGCUGGAGGUCUUGCUCCCUCCCCCUUCAAUGCCCAUGAAGCCUUCUGAGAAGGCAGCACCUUCUCCCUCAAUAAAGACUUCUAAGCCCAAA